AAGAAGGACCAGCACCAGUGCUCAGCAGUCCAUCUAGACCCCAAGAGCUGUUCGGAGGCACUUUAGGAACGCACAUACCAACGGUUCCUUCUGGCAGCAGCAUGGAAUCCUUGUGGCUCUGUUGGGUACUGUGGGUGCUCCCCCUGGCUGGCUGUGGGGCAGCUGUGACUGAGGAGCAGGUCCUGCUCAGACUACUGCAGCAGCUGCAGCUCAGGCAAGCUCCCGUCCUGGACAAGGUGGAUGUGGAGGGAAUGGCCAUCCCUGCCCAUGUGAGGGCCCAGUACGUCUCCCUGCUGCAUCGAAGUCACGGUGACCGCUCCCGAGGCAAGAGGUUCAGCCAGAACUUCAGAGAGGUGGCAGGCAGGUUCCUGGUGUCGGAGACCUCCAAACACUUGCUAGUGUUCGGCAUGGAGCAGCGGCUGUUGCCUAAUUGCGAGCUGGUGCAGGCGGUGCUGCGGCUCUUCCAGGAGCCAGUCCCCAGAACUGCUCUCCGGAGGCACGAGAGGCUGUCCCCACAUAGUGCCCGGGCUCGGGUCACCAUUGAGUGGCUGAGAGUUCGUGAGGAUGGCUCCAACCGCACCGCUCUCAUCGACUCCAGGCUCGUGUCCAUCCACGAGAGCGGCUGGAAGGCCUUCGACGUGACCGAGGCUGUGAAUUUCUGGCAGCAGCUGAACCGGCCAAGGCAGCCACUGCUGCUGCAGGUGUCGGUGCAGAGGGAGCACCUGGGCCCAGGGACCUGGAGCGCACACAAGUUGGUUCGCUUUGCAGAGCAAGGGACUCCGGGCAGAGAGGGGCGGGGCGAGCCACAGCUGGAGCUGCAUACGCUGGACCUCAAGGAUUACGGAGCUCAAGGCAAUUGUAACCCUGAGACCCCAGUGACUGAAGGCACCCGAUGCUGUCGCCAAGAGAUGUACCUUGACCUGCAGGGGAUGAAGUGGGCAGAGAACUGGAUCCUUGAACCCCCAGGGUUCCUGGUUUAUGAGUGUGUGGGCAGCUGCCUGCAGCCACCAGAGUCCCUGACCAUCCAGUGGCCGUUUCUGGGGCCACGGCAGUGUGUUGCCUCAGAGAUGACCUCCCUGCCCGUGAUUGUCAGCAUGAAGGUGGGAGGCAGGACCAAGCCCCAAGUGGUCAGCCUGCCCAACAUGAGGGUGCAGACAUGUAGCUGUGCCUCCGAUGGGGCGCUCAUACCCAGGGGGAUAGGUCUGUAGUCCCCAAGUAGCCACUCUUAGUAAGUUAACUCAUCCUAGCUUGGUGCCCACUUUCGCCUUUGCCCUACAGUCUUCUGUGUCUUGGCGUCCUUGCCCAUCAUCGGUCAGUCUAAGCACUUACGUGAGUAAAUAAUGUCCCUCCAUUAGGACACCUUAGCAGAGGACAUGGCUAAGCAGUGGACAGGUUGCCUGCUAAAUCUGUUUUCUGGCCAAUUCUCAGCUAAUUGUGCAACGAAACCCUAUGGUGAGAACCUGGGAAUCAGCAAUUUACUUUGUCACGUAGUGAUAUUUGAAUUCAUUUAAACAAAACAAAGCAAACAGAAAAGUCUCAGUGAGCCCUAGACAGGAGGGUAUCUGGCAAAGAGCCUUCUCAAUACUAGGGCAUUCUAGACCUUUUUAUUUCUUUUGGGACAGGGAUUUAGUAUGUAUCUCAGGAUGGCCUCAACCUGUCUGCCUCCCAAGUGAUGAAUCAAAGGCACACACUGUCAUGUUCAGCCCAUUCUAGACGUGUAAAACCACACUGCUGCCAGGCAGUGGUGGUCCAUGCCUUUAACGCCAGCACUCGGGAGACAGAGGCAGAAGGAUGUAUGAGUUCGAGGCCAGCCUGGUCUGCAGAGUGAGUUCCAGGACAGCCAGGGCUACACAGAGAAACCCUGUCUCAAAAAACAAACAAACAAACAAAAAACAAUACAACAACAAAAAUGACAAAAACCCUAAACAACAACAAAACCUACAUUGCAGUCUUCGUUCUGAGCACUAAGAGGAGGGAGGAUGGAGAGCUUUGGGUUGGGAUACUGGUCAGGAAAUCAAACACUUAGUUUUUGGAGCUGACCACAAGCAGGGUCUCAAGGCAAUGCAGAAAGCGUUGGCUUGGAAAGGAGCGCUGGCUCCAGCUCUAAGACUUCACUGCCCCGGGAACAGACAGGCCCUAGCAUUAUGUGCUAUUACAGUGUCAGCAUGACCUCAGUGUGCUUAGCGUUCCCCCUCCCUCUUAGAGAAGUACCAUGAGAAAGUAUGUGUAUUAACAUGAUGCUUCUCGUGUUUUGCAUUUAGCAAAAACCAAUUGAACAUACAUUAUCUGAAGAAACAAAACUA